AUGGACAUCUCGUCCACGUUCCUGUCGUCCAUGAAAAAUCCCGCCGACCUCCGGACGCUUGGGAUUUGCUCAGCGAAGUGGUUGAUCGCUUUAAUUGUGUGGCAGGCUCAUCCGUAUCUGGGCUUCGCUGGCAAAUUCCUGCUCGGCAUCGUCCAGUGUGUUUGGAGCUUCUACGUCAUGACCAUGGUGCACAACGCCAUGCAUUGCGACGUCUUCCGACAUCCCGUAGUGGAGUCAGUUUGGAGGGUGAUGCUUUCGGCGACAGCCGGUGUGCCGGUUGAGGCAUACCGGCCGACACAUAAUCUCAAUCAUCACGUGUAUACCCAACACGGCGACCACCUUGACACGAAGCAGAUGAAGUACAAGUGGCAUCUGCUCAAUUUGAUUCUCUUCUUCCCGACCGUCUUCCCGGCCAUUCAGAAGCUAGAGUCGGAGUACAUAUCGCGAGAAAUGCGGAAGUGCUCCAAGACGUUCUUCCUCUUCGUUCUUCAGGUCCUUGCUGCACAUGGCACCACAGGCACACUUCUGUACCUCGAUUGGCAGAGGGCUCUGUGCUGUUGGAUCAUCCCCUACAUCUUCGGCGCAGAUGCUAUUGUGACCAUGAACGUGUUGCAGCACGAUGGAACAGAAGACAUUGUCCUGGGAGAGCACAAGGGGCCGAACAUGAAUGUCAACUCUGCUCGCAACUUCACCGGCCCCGUGAUAAAUUGGUUCACUUGCAACAACGGGUACCAUGCAAUCCACCACAUGUACAGCAACAUGCAUUGGACCCAGUACCCCGAGAUGCAUGCCAAAGUAAUCGCGCCGCACAACGACCCGUCCCUGGACGAGCCCGACAUCCUGCGUUUCCUUUGGCGAACCUACUUUUGGCCUGGCACGCUCCCGGCCUAUAGGCAGGAAAAGACUGAGUAG